AUGGAUUCUGCUGGGGUGGUGGAGGAGAGCCCUGCUGAAGCGAGCGCGGGGACUGGAGUUGAAGAUGUCGCCGCGGUGGCGGGCCCGCCAACAUCAUCGGACGCUGAUCCACGGUGGCAGCAGAUGGCGGAGCAACUGGAGACUCUCAAGGACGUCCUGGCGCAGUUACAGACUGGCCGUGACGCCGCAGAUGACGAAGAGCCCUGCUCGGAGGGUGCCUGCCAGGACUGCGGGGACUCCGGGCCCUGCGGCCCUUCCGACCCCGUUGCAGCUAAGGAAGUAGAAGUUAACAUCUUGCUUCAGAAGAUUCAUGGCCAAAAGAUUCCAGACCGCAGCGGCUCUCAUUACUCCCUCAGUGGAAUGUACAUCACCAACUUCCAGCUGCCCCACACAGCUCUGGGGCUCCUUCCGGGAUCUGGCUUCAAGUUCAGCUUCACCGACGCCUAUGCAUCUGUGUUUGGGCAUUGGCACUAUGAGAUGCUCUUCGUGAGUGACAGUGGCACAUUCGACGCAACAAUAAGUGGCAUGGCACUGAGUUUAGGGGUGCACGUGACGAGUGACGCAACAGGGCGGCCAGCUGUCAGUGAGAACGGAUGCGGCUGCUGGAUCCCCAAUAUUGACAUCACGCUUCAUGGAGGAGCAAGCUGGCUGUACAACAUCUUUGUUCCGCUCGUGGAAAACAGCAUCAGAGAUCACCUGCAAAAUCAGAUAUGCCAAACAGUACUUGAUGGCAUCAGUAACCUGGAACGUAAUCUUCAGGAGAUCUCAAUGACGUCGAAGGUGGACGAGUUCACAGAGGUGGACUACACCCUCGUGAGCCCCCCCGACAUCACGGCAAUCACCAUCGACAUGAACUGCAAGGGAGAGUUCUACAGCCUGGCACACAGAGCGGAGUUCCCAAAGCCACCGCCCCCUAUGGACCUCGGGGCCUCAGCAGACCGCAUGCUGUACUUUGGCCUAUCUCAAUACCUGUUCAACAGUGCCGGCUUCGCGUACCACACCUCUGAUGCCCUCAAAUGCGUCGUCAAUGAUCAGAUGCUGCCGAAAGAUGCUCCUCUCCACCUGAACAUCUCCAGCCUGGCUAUACUGAUGCCCAAGUUACGGAAGAUGUUUCCCGAUCUCCCCGUGGAGCUGUUGAUUGCAUCCCGCGAGCCCCCGUCUCUCUUGAUGACUGCGGGGAACCUCUCCCUGUGCGUCGACGCAGCGGUGGACGUUGUGGCCGUGUGGCCCAACAGCUCACAGGCAUUCCUCUUCUCCCUCGACGUGAAUGUUUCUCUUACCACCAAACUCACAAUCGAUGCUGACAAGCUACAUGGCAUCCUUGAGCUGGACAGCAUUAAAAUCAGUGAACUCAAGUCUGCAGUGGGUUCUGUACCGGUGAUGGCAUUUCAGUUGGGCAUAAAGUUCAUUACUGAAAAGAUCGUCCUACCAAAAGUGAACGGGAGACUUCAGAAGGGCAUCCCUCUGCCCAUGAUGAAGAAUGUGAGGCUCGUGAAUGCGCAGCUGCUCAACAAGGAGAAAUUUGUUGUCGUGGGCAUGGACCUGAAGUACGAACCAUAGGUGGGAGGUCCGGGGGCCACCAGAGCUGCCCACAUCGCCUUGGAUGGGAUCGGCCACCGUGGUGUCACCGAUGCUUCAUGGCCUCACAUGGCAGCGUGUGGGGUCAUUCUGCUUGGGAACGUUUUAUUUGGUAAUCCUGAGGGGGACUAUCAUUCAUUGAUUACCAGAAUAUAACAAUAAUUAAUAAAUGAUGUUAGGGUUCGGCCAGGUAUUGAACCCUCCACUACCCGACGUAAUUAUGAAUCGUAAUAUUGAUUGUGGAAAUAUAACUACUGUAUGCUAAUUAACUCUCUUUAAAUGAAUUAUUCUAUGUGAUUACAAAAUACAAUAAUCAUAACUUGGUUCAUGAUUGUUUUGCUACUUUCCAUUCAUUGUCUAGUAUAUUGGUUCAGCAUAUGUAAGCAUGUUGUGACCGAUGCUGUCUGUUUGGAAAUAUGGGUGUGGUGUGUUGCUUUUGCAAAAUAAACCGUGAUGAUGAAA